AUGCAGGAAUCUUGGGCUCGCCGCGAGCUGCUCUCGCCGCGUCGUUUGAUCUUCAACGUUCUCUUCUACGGCAGCCAUCUUUUCUUCUUCGCCUACGGCUGGUACAGUCAGGCCACCAACACCAAGCUCGCCGCUCUUAACGCUCUGACAUGGUCCGUGUGGACGUCCCGCGGCGCCGGCCUGGUGCUCGCCUAUGACGGUGGCCUUAUCCUACUUCCCAUGCUCCGUAAUGUCAUCCGCUUCAUCCGCCCAAAGGUCGCCGCUCUGUUCCCCGCCGACGAGAACAUCUGGUUCCACCGCCAAGUCGCCUAUCAGCUCGCAUUCUGGGCCAUGGUGCACACGACCGCCCACUACGUCAACUUCAUCAACGUCGAGCGCACCCAAGUUCGCGAGCAGCUGGCACUCGACAUUCACUACACCCAGCCGGGUGGCAUCACCGGCCACUUCUUGCUCUUCAUCAUGCUGCUCAUGUACACCACUGCCUACAACAAGGUCCGCCACCAGUGCUUCGAGGCCUUCUGGUACACGCACCACCUCGCCUUCUUCUUCUUCAUCGGCCUUUACACGCACGCCACCGGAUGCUUCGUCCGUGACUCGGUCAACCCCGAUUAUAUCGCGACAUUCCCGUUCUACUCGACCGAGCACUGCUUGGGUUACAACAGCUGGCGCUUCAUCAUCUGGCCCGGUAUCAUCUACUUCGGCGAGCGUGUAUGGAGGGAGAUCCGCGCGCGUCGUCCCACGCGUCUUUCGAAGCUUCUUGUUCACCCGAGCGGUGCCAUGGAGUUGCGCAUCGUCAAGCCCAGCUUCAAGUACGUCGCCGGUCAGUGGCUUUUCAUCAAUGUCCCGGACGUCUCGAAAUACCAGUGGCAUCCCUUCACAAUCACGUCUGCUCCGGAGGACCCCUACGUCUCCGUUCACAUCCGCCAGGUCGGCGACUGGACACAAGGCCUCGGCGCUCGCGUCGGAGCCGGUCCCGAUGUUGUCGCGCAACUCACCAAGGCGGCGAUGAAAGGCAUGGAGAAGGAUGAGAAGGAUGUCGAUUACAUGUCGACUCCCGGCCGUGGCGACUUCGUUGAGAUCGACCCAAGCGCCAGCAGUGGUCUUCCCGCUGUUCGUAUCGACGGACCGUACGGCGCGCCCGCUGAAGAUGUCUUCAACGUUGAGGUUGCCGUGCUCGUCGGCGCUGGUAUCGGUGUCACACCGUUCGCGUCCAUCCUGAAGCACAUUUGGUACCGUCAGCGCAGUGGCAACACUGGCUCCCUCCGCCGCGUCGAGUUCUUUUGGGUCUGCCGCGAUGCACCGUCGUUUGGCUGGUUCCAGAGUCUGCUCCAGGAGGUUGAGGCCGCACAGGCGGACCCCAACUUCUUGCGCAUCAAUAUCUACCUGACGCAGAAGAUCGAUGAGAACAUGUUGUGGAACAUCGCCGUCAACGACGCCGGAUCUGCGUACGACCCGCUUACUCUUUUGCGCUCGCGUACACUGUUCGGGCGUCCAGACUGGAAGGGAAUCUACUCGCGCCUCCGUAUGGCUAUCGAGUCCGGUCAAUACCUCCCGGGCACCCAGUCUCAACUUCGCACCACUGUCGGCACCUACUUCUGUGGUCCGACGCCCAUCGCCAAAGCGCUUAAGGUCGCCUGCGAAGAGAACACCAAUGCUGCUAUCAACUUUACUUUUGCCAAGGAGCACUUCUGA